GCGCCCCGCGGGCCCGGCCCUGAGCCCCGCCGCCCGCCGAGCGCCGCCGAGGUCAGGAGAGGCCGAGAUGACGCCGAGCCCCGCGUUGCUGCUGCUGCUGCCGCCGCUGCUGCUGGGGGCCCUCCCGUUGGCCGCAGCCGCCCGAGAAACCUGCCUUCCCAGGACAUGGUGCAGUGAAGGUCCCCCAAGGAUGGCGGACAAGGUGGUGUCGAGGCAGGUGGCCCGGCUGGGCCGCACGGUUCGGCUGCAGUGCCCUGUGGAGGGAGACCCGCCGCCACUGACCAUGUGGACCAAGGACGGCCGCACCAUCCACAGUGGCUGGAGCCGCUUCCGUGUCCUGCCCCAGGGGCUGAAGGUGAAGGAGGUAGAGCGAGAGGACGCGGGAACAUAUGUGUGCAAAGCCACCAACGGCUUCGGCAGCCUCAGUGUCAACUACACACUCAUUGUCAUGGAUGACAGCAGCACAGGACAGGAGGGCCCAGUACCCGAUGGCUCUGCUGGGGGCCAGGAGGACCCAGCCAGCAAGCAGUGGGCACGGCCCCGCUUCACUCAGCCCUCCAAGAUGCGGCGCAGGGUGAUUGCACGGCCUGUGGGGAGCUCCGUGCGGCUCAAGUGCGUGGCCAGCGGGCACCCGAGGCCAGAUAUUACAUGGAUGAAGGAUGACCAGGCCUUGACACGCACAGAGGCUGGCGAGAGCAAGAAGAAGAAGUGGACGCUGAGCCUCAAGAACCUGCGGCCGGAGGACAGCGGCAAGUACACGUGCCGCGUGUCGAACCGGGCAGGCGCCAUCAAUGCCACCUACAAGGUGGACGUGAUCCAGCGGACGCGCUCCAAGCCCGUGCUCACUGGCACGCACCCUGUGAACACAACGGUGGACUUUGGCGGCACGACCUCCUUCCAGUGCAAGGUCCGCAGCGAUGUGAAGCCGGUGAUCCAGUGGCUGAAGCGGGUGGAGUACGGCUCCGAGGGCCGCUACAACUCCACUAUCGAUGUGGGUGGCCAGAAAUUCGUGGUGCUGCCCACGGGUGAGGUGUGGUCGAGGCCCGACGGCUCCUACCUCAACAAGCUGCUCAUUGCCCGCGCCCGCCAGGACGACGCCGGCAUGUACAUCUGCCUGGGUGCCAACACCAUGGGCUAUAGCUUCCGCAGCGCAUUCCUCACCGUGCUGCCAGACCCAAAGCCACCGGGGCCGCCCGUGGCACCCUCGUCCUCGACCACUAGCCUGCCAUGGCCCGUGGUCAUCGGCAUCCCAGCUGGUGCUGUCUUCAUCCUGGGCACCGUGCUCCUGUGGCUCUGCCAAACCAAGAAGAAGCCAUGUACACCAGCUCCCGCCCCUCCUGUCCCCGUGCAUCGCCUGCCCGGGACAGCCCGCGACCGUGGAGGGGACAAGGACCUGCCUGUGGCCGCAGCCCUGUGUGAAGAUCAUGGGCCCCCUGUAGCUCCCCAGCACCUGCUGGGCCCCGGCUCGGCUGCCGGCCCCAAGCUCUACCCCAAACUUUACACGGACGUGCACACGCACACGCAUACGCACUCGCACUCACACAUGGAGGGCAAGGUCCACCAGCAUCAGCACAUCCAUUACCAGUGCUAGGCUUGGCCGGCGGCAGGUGCCGUGGGGUUCCAGCCCCACCCAGCCCUCUGCAUGGCAUGGGGUGGGCACAUGGGGGCCAGGGGCAGACAGAUGGACACGUGUGGAGGGCCAAAGACACAGCGAGAUGGACCCACAGGCAAGGAGACGUGGCAGCACCCUGAGGCACCCUACAUGAGGCGUGUGCACACCUGACCGCAGGUUAGGAGCCACAUACUUGGACCCACGCACGUGCGCGCGGGCGCACACACACACACACACACACACACACACACACACACACACACACACACAGAGUGUCUUCAUGGAAGGCUAGGUUUUGACUUUGCAGUGCGGAUGCAGUGAUGGGCUACUUGAUGAAGGAAUCUCCCUACCCCUGGUCCCCAGGAGGCCAUGGUCACCCCCCAGCCUGGCAGGAGAUCUGAGAAGCACCCUGGCUUUGCAAACCAAAAACCCUCCCAGCCCCUGCCCCGAGGCAGGUGGGCCUGCUUACCUGCCCAACCUCAGCAGGUGGCUGGCUCUGUUUGCCACCACGUGUCGUGGGUGUCUGGGAGUCCAGCAGGACCCCGGGCUGGGGGAGCCGGUUGUAAUAGCUCCAGGCCCUGCCCUUGAGAGCCUGGAGCCCAGGCUGGGCGUGACUCCCCCCUGCCCCCGCCGGCCUCCCACUGCCAGAGAGAAGGAGCCCGUUUGAUAUUUAUAUUUAAAAAAUGAAGAUAAUAAUAUUAAUAAUAAUAAAAAGAGGGACUGCCGUAGGGAUGGUGGGCGGCACGGACCUGGGUCCCAAGAGCCUGGCCCUGCGGCUUAGUGUCUGCACCCCGUCGGGGCCAGACGCCCACCAUCUCAUUGCCCAGGGCGAACCCAAACCUCUGUAAUUUUAUCUAGAGUUUAAGCUGAAGUCAUGUAUAUUUAAUUUAUUUUGUUAAACAAGAAAGAGUGCAUCCUUUUC